AUGAAGCGGCAGAACGUGCGCACGCUCGCGCUCAUCAUGGGCACCUUCACGUACCUGCUGGCCGGCGCCGCCGUCUUCGACGCGCUCGAGUCGGAGCAGGAGACGGCGGAGCGGCGGCGGCUGGAGGCCAAGCGGCUCGAGCUGCGCGCCCGCUACAACCUGAGCGCGCAGGGCUACCGCGAGCUCGAGCGCGUCGUGCUCAAGCUCAAGCCGCACAAGGCCGGCGUGCAGUGGAAGUUCGCCGGCUCCUUCUACUUCGCCAUCACCGUCAUCACCACCAUAGGCUACGGGCACGCGGCGCCCAGCACGGACGGCGGCAAGGUCUUCUGCAUGGUGUACGCGCUGCUGGGCAUCCCGCUCACGCUCGUCAUGUUCCAGAGCCUGGGCGAGCGCAUCAACACGUGCGUGCGCUGCCUGCUGCGCCGCCUCAAGCAGGGCCUGGGCAUGCGGCGGCCCGACGUCUCCAUGGCCAACAUGGUCACCAUCGGCUUCCUCUCGUGCAUCGGCACGCUGUGCGUCGGCGCCGCCGCCUUCUCCCACUACGAGCACUGGAGCUUCUUCCACGCCUACUACUACUGCUUCAUCACGCUCACCACCAUCGGCUUCGGCGACUACGUGGCGCUGCAGAAGGACGAGGCGCUGCAGACCAAGCCGCAGUACGUGGCCUUCAGCUUCGUCUACAUCCUCACGGGCCUCACGGUCAUCGGCGCCUUCCUCAACCUCGUCGUGCUGCGCUUCAUGACCAUGAACGCCGAGGACGAGAAGCGGGACGCGGAGCAGCGGGCGCUGCUGGCGCGCGGCGCCACCGCCGUCACCGAGGUCGGGGACGGCGGCGCGGGCUCCGGUGGCGCCGCCGGCGGCUUCCGCAACGUCUACGCGGAGGUGCUGCACUUCCAGUCCAUGUGCUCGUGCCUGUGGUACAAGAGCCGCGAGAAGCUGCAGUACUCCAUCCCCAUGAUCAUCCCGCGGGAGCUGUCGAGCGCCGAGGCGGGCGGCGAGGCGGCGCGCGCCGCCGGGGCGCCCGGGCGCCGCUGCCUCUGCGCCGCGCCGCGCUCCGCRCUCAGCUCCGUCUCCAGCGGCCUCCACAGCCUCGCCGCCGCGCAGGGCCUCGGCAAGCGCCGCAGCUCCGUGUAGCCUCCCCGCCGGCGGGUCCCCCCGGCCGGCGCUAAACCUGGGGCUGUUGCACGGACUGCUCUGCAAGGUGGGAAGCGGGGUGGGGAGGCC